UUUUCAGUAUAUUUCUUUAAGCUACCUAUAGAAUUAAUGGUUCCUAACUUUAGAAUGCUAUACUUCCAUUCCAAGCUUUUCAACAUUAUCUUCACAUUCCUUGUACUUCUUAAUUCCUAUAAUUUUCGGAGUAUUCCGAAAAUAACUAACGCAUACUAUUAUAUAUAUAUUUUGUUUGUUUGACUUUAUUUAUAUUAAUAAAAGAAAAAGGAUCUCAACAUAAAGUUAGAUGAUCAAACGACUUCUUCACAGCAUGUCCAGACAGGAUCGAAUUCUUAAUACCUUAAGCAAGGAAUUAAAGGCGGAAAAUAUUGAAUUAUAUAAUGAUAGCUACAAGCACGCUCACCAUGCACCGAUGAAAGGUUUAGAAGACAAAAACGAGACGCAUUUUCGUCUAGACAUUGUAUCACCGAGAUUUACAGGGCUGACGAGGGUUGCACGACAUCGCUUGGUUUAUGCAUCACUAAAGGAUGAGUUUGAGAGCGGUCUUCAUGCUUUGCAGAUUACUUCCGCAAAGACUCUACAAGAAUUGGAAAAACAACGAUAGACAGCAUCCAGGACAAUGUUGAACAUACAGUUAAUGAAACUUAUUUUAUUCAUUGAUAGUUACCUCAAAUGAUGAUAUUGCUAAGCUUCUAACUUGAGUAUUGUGUAGAC